GCCAUGUAGAUUUAAACUGAAAAUAACUGGUUUUAUACUGAAAUAUAAUAUACACAAUAACUGAUGAUGGGAAGAAAAUAUAUGUGCAACAAGAAAAAAGAGAUAAAAAAAAUAUCUUUUCUUGGAUGUAAUACUUAGGUAAUUAAUGACAGCAUAAGAGGUCACCAAACCCUUCUGAAUUGAUAAAUGAUUGACGGUUUCUAGGUACAUAAGAUUAUUCCACGAGACUUUCCUUGAACAAUGGAGAACCUCGGAAACAGACAAACAAAUACACAAAGGAAACAACACGUAUCCAUCAUGGACAAGGACGUCGCACUUGAGGAGAUGAUGGGGAAACUCGGAGACUUCGGGAGGUACCAAUGUUUCCAGUUCAUCCUGCACAUCCUGAGUGCCUUGACUGCUGGCAUGCACAUGCUGUCCUUGGUCACGGUGGCUGCGGUGCCUGACCACAGAUGUGCCGUCCCGGGAGUAGACACCGCCAAUUAUACAGAACUGUGGAAUUCUUCGUUUAUAUUAAACGCUAUCCCUCUGAACGAGCAUGGGAAACUCGAUGAAUGCAAGAUUUAUGGAGAUAACCAAACGGUCGAGGAAUGCAUUUCUUGGAUCUAUGAUACUCAGUACUACACAUCAUCCCGCGGCAUCGAAUGGGAUUUCGUGUGCAGCAGACGUUGGAUGGGUGCUGCAACGCAAACCGCUUACAUGUUUGGUGUCGUGGUCGGCUCUCUCGUCAUCGGAAGACUUUCUGACAAAUUUGGAAGGAAAACUGCUUUUGUCUGGGCCGGACUCUUGCAAUUAUUGUUUGGCGUUUCGGUCGCUUUUAUAACAGAAUAUUACACAUUAAUCAUCUUCAGAUUCAUGUAUGGCAUAUUUGGCUCUGGUUCAUAUAUUGCUGGAUAUGUAUUGGCCAUGGAAAUUGUUGGCCCAAGCAAACGCACAAUUUGUGGAGUCAUAUUUCAAAUUAUGUAUGCCGUGGGAAUAAUGUUACUGGCCGCAUGGGGAUAUCUCAUAGACAACAGAUUCUACUUACAAAUCGUGUAUGCAUUACACGCAGUGAUCUUACUUCCGCAUUGGUUGAUAAUGGACGAGUCCCCUAGGUGGCUCUGGGCUCAGGGGCGAGCUCGAGAAUCUGUAGCAAUAAUAGAGAAGGCUUUAAAAAUGAACGGGUCCCAUGAGAUAAUAGACACCCCUGCUCUGGUGUCUCACUGCAAGGCUACCUGUGCAAAGUAUACCGAUGAAUACGCCGCAGGAACCGCGGAUCUAUUUAAGACUCCAAAUAUGUUGAAAAAAACUUUAAUUAUAUGCGGUUGCUGGUUUGCCAAUUCUGUGGUAUAUUUCGGUCUAUCCCUUAAUACGGGGAAACUUAACGGAAACCCUUACUUUAUCAUGUUUUUGAUGGGUGUGGUGGAACUCCCGAGUUACGUUAUUAUUAUGUAUCUUUUAGAUAGGGUCGGGCAUAGAGCUCUCAUUAGUACAAUGAUGUUGUUAGGUGGAAUAUCAUGUGUGGUUGUAGUGGCUCUGCCUCAUGGACACUCGUCGGUGACAGGUGUUGUAAUGAUCGGGAAACUUUUUAUAUCCGGUUCUUACUCGAUCGUUUAUAAAUAUUCUGCAGAACUGUUCCCUACUGUAGUCCGUAGUUCAGGGGUAGGUCUCGGGAGUAUGAGUGCCAGUAUAUCUGGUGCUCUCACUCCUCUCAUUAGUUUGCUCGAUUCUCUGAAUCCUAAAGUCCCUACUAUUAUAUUUGGCUUUUUAGCACUCCUGUCUGGAUUUUCUACGUUCUUCUUACCGGAAACAAAUGGACGUAAUCUGCCACAGUCUCUGGAAGAUGGUGAAAGGUUCGGGAUUGGCGAUACUUGUUUUACAAACUGUACCGGUCGGAGAAUGAGUGAAGGAUCAAUUGAUUUACCAGAGACGAUGGUACCUCUAGAAAUUAUGGAGAAAAAACCAUGAUAUUAGCCUUAAUAAUAUUCUAUUAUAAUGUUAUUUACAGUACAGAACUAUGGAAGAUACUAGAACGUACUGUAUAGAAUCAUCAAACACUAGAAAAAGCUAAAUACUUGCCAUAUUGUCGCUAAGAUCUGAUAAAACCAGUGAUUUGUUUUACAUAAAUAUGAUUAGUGAUAUAAUAAAAAUAGAUAAGUAUGCGACAAAUACACGUAGGUACGUACGUACGUACUACCUACACCUGUAAAGUACAACCUCAAUUUUUUAAAAUUAUUUUUAACUAGGUACCUAUAUACAUUUAUUGUGUCUAGAUGUCUUACAGGUUGUAGAUGUAGUACUUACACAAUCUAGCAGGAAAACUUAUCAAAAUUAUAUAACUAAGCAAACAUGUUCCAGAAUGAUGAUAAUAAUAAGUAAUAUACAGGUCUAAUUUAUAUGUAUCAGUCGAGAUCUGUUAGGUGUAAGUAUAAAUAAUUUUACUUAUGUUUUUCCAGUAUGUGCAGUGCCGAGAUAGUCAACUUACUUCAUGUUAGCAAUCUGUGUCGACAUGGAGUAGGUAUUUAAUAUUAAGUAUAACUAGACUAAAAGAAGAAUACAUUUGUACUUUUAAAAUAAUUUAUUAUCUAUUGCAUUUCGAAAUCGGUUUGCGUAAUUUUUAUAUUAGAGUAUAUUAUGGGAUUUUAUAUCUGUGCUAACGAUCUAGUCAAGUUUAGCAUUAAUUAUAUCUCAAUGAUUGAGAAUUUUUAUGGACUAGAUAUAAACGUUGGAAUUACUUUUCUAUAAAAUGUAAAAAAGAAUUUAAAUUAAUACUUAUAACUGAGUAAUGCGGCAGGAAAAGCAGUAUAUAGUUAACUUCUACCUAUUUCAGUCACUGCCUAAUUCAUUGCAUAACAUAACCAUUAUGGUAUACCUUGGAUACCUACUUAAGUACUCUAUACCCUAGGGUAAAUAUGUAGGAAUUACAUACAUAGGAUUUUAUUAUACCUAUGUAGAAAUUAUACAGGGUAAGUUUUUGAACACUGCUCAAUUUUUUACAACAUGUAAAAAAAUUUCAUGCUAAGCUCGAGCUGGUUAGGUAAUUUGUUUGAGAAUCUGUGUUGUAAAUCAACUAUAAUAAUAACUUUAAUCACCAAAAAAGUACAAUAGUUUGACAGAAUAAUUUUAGAAGGUAGAUUUACAAUGUAUAAGUUAGUUGGACUAUGGACUCUGCACUAAGCGAAGCUUGUAUCGCAGCUACAUCAUUUAAAUUUUCUCAUAAAAUAGUCUGUAAAGUACAUAAUAGAGAGAAGGAAUGCUAGUCGAGUUUCAAAAUGAGGUCAUAAUAAAUAGUGACACUGAAUUAUUUAUAUCUACUUGUACAUAAUUUGGGUUCACAAUCACCUUGUACCUAUGUCUAGUUGAAAGAUAAUUUAUUUUGUUUACACGAGAAAUUCAUUAUUAUCAUGUUGUUUUUGUGAACUAGUAUAAAAAAUAUGCAAUGGAAUGUAGUGCUUGUAUGAUUUCGAAUCAAAACAUUUUGUUUUCACGUAAUACUUCCUUUAAAGGCACCUAAUUGGACAUUAUUAUUACAUACGAUUUAAUCGAUAGAAAUGUAGAAUAAAACGGUAAGGGCAAUGGACGAUUUCGAAUCCAGAAUUACCUAUUUAGUCAUUAUCACUUAUCUGUAAGAGAUAUACUUAUGUUGAGUCAUUUUAUAGUAUAUGUAUAUCUGUAUUGUUUACAAACCGUUUACUAUAAUUUUGUUAAAAAUAUGUUCAUUUAAGUUUUUCUUAGUCUUUUGUGUUAUUAAAACACGUAGAACUUUACACAAUGGUCAUAGAGACGAAUUUGCAAUGAUUUUAAAUAGCUUGAUGCUAUUGACUGUACUUUCAAUUUAAAAUUACAUUGUAUUAUUCCACAAAAUUGCCAUGUUAUCAUAAAUUACUUUUUCAACAACAAAAAUACAUGCAUUUAAUUAGAAUUGAGGCCUUUUGUUAUUUUUAUUAAGCUUAUAUUCAACUUUCCUAAUUUUCAAGCUUACCUAAAUGAUUAUUUUUUAUUUUGAAAUAAAAAAAAUACUUACA